AUGGCGACUCUUUAUCUGCCGCACAUUCCACACCAAAAUUACCAUAUUGUUCCCACCGGCAAUCUUCCUCCUCCAGCUAAACGGAGUUUGUACAAGGCUGAUUUUCCGGCGAUAAACUCGAGCGCCGUCCUGACAGAGAUUAAAAGACCGCCGGAGCUGGGAAAACUCUUCGCUCGCAUGAUGGGAUUUUGCAUCUGCCCGUUGGAUACGCCGGCGAGGUUGCUCUGGUGCUCGAGCUUCUUCCGCCACAAGCUAAUGUUAUUCUAA